UGGGGGCGCGGGGGAUGGCACUGGGGAACACCUUGUUGUGAGAUCCGCGCUAUAAAUACGGUGCCGGGGAUGGGAGCGCGGCCACGGGCGGCGGGGAGCAGCUGCGGACCGCGGUGGGUGCCUUCGCCGCGGCACGGCGGCUGGGGACCGCUUGAAUUUUGAUUCACCGGCGCGGCGCGGGGCUGCCAUCCCCUCGGCCACACCCGGUUCCCGGGAGGACUCGUGGGAGACCUUCUACGUUGCGUUGUGUACGGAGGGGAGCGGCGGCAGCGAGCCCCGGCAGCUGCAGCAGCGCAGGCGGAGGAGCGGAGGGACUCUAAUCGCCAGCAGCCGCCGAGCCCAGCCCGCGACGGAGGUCGGCCGGUGCUGCUAGCCCGGAGGAGGAGGAGGAGGAAGAGAAGUCGCCGCCGGAGGAGCCCCGCGGUCCGGUCCGAGCCGCGUCGCUGAGCACGCCUGCCCGGCCGCCAGCAUGAUGCAGAUCUGCGACUCGUACAGCCAGAAGUACUCCCUCUUCAACGCCAUGAACCGCUUCAUCGGCGCCGUCAACAACAUGGACCAGACGGUGAUGGUGCCGAGCCUGCUGCGCGACGUGCCGCUGCUGCUGGAGGAGCUGGACGCGGCGGGAGCCGUGUGCCCGCCCCGGGAUGAUGCCCUGCCGCCCGGCGACCCCGGCGCCUACUUCUCCCGCAGGGACAUGUACAGCCACUACAUGCUGCUCAAGUCCAUCCGCAACGACAUCGAGUGGGGCGUGGUGCAGCCGGCGGCGGGCGAGGAGGCCGCCCGCAAGAAGGACAAGCUGGGCGGCGGGCCCGCCGAGGAGGGCGAGGGCGAGGAGGACCUGGAGCAGCAGUUCCACUACCACCUCAGCGGACUCCAUUCGGUCCUCUCCAAGCUCACCCGCAAGGCCAACGUCCUCACCAACAGAUACAAGCAGGAGAUCGGCGUCAGCAGCUGGGGGCAGUGAGCGCCGGGGGGGAGCGGGGGAAGGGGCUCCGAGCCGGCGGGAGCGGCGCGUCCCCGCCCGGCGCUGCCGCUGCUGCGGUGGCCGAGGGCAGCGCUCCGGGCCGGGGCUUCCCUGCGCGCUCCCAGGACUGCAGCAGGUUUUCUACCGACGCACAAGCGAGAGAAAGAGAUGUAAAUUAAUCAGUACUAGUUUAUUAAUUAUUUUGACCCCCUCCGUGGGUUUUUUUUGGGUUUUUUUGGUUUUUUUUUUUUUUUCGUUGUACGGUCCGGGGCGAGCAGUCGCUGUGCCCGACCCAGCGGGGAGGCUGAAACCCGUACGUGUACGAGGUGGUGGCAUUGCUGGCUGAUAAGGAGGCUCUGCUCAAGCCGAUGAACAUAACGAAACUGGCACAAAAUUGCUUCUGUUACCCCGGAGGGAACCCAGUGAGCUAAGGAGCAUCCCUCUGUUGUGGGAGAGAUGGCGGGGUCCCAUGGUUGUACAUGUACUGGAGUUUAUUUAAAACUUUUUUACUCAGAUGUAGAGUAUAUUCUAAAAUAAAUGCAAAUGUAUUAACUAAGACUGACCUAAACUUUUGGUAUGAUUUAUCUUUCUCUAAUUAAAUGAUAUUUUUAACAUCUGGAA